AUGACAGGGGCCCCUGAUGCGAGAAGACAAGAUAAACGAUGUGAGUAUCAUAUAGGCCAUGGUCACGACACUGAUAGUUGUUUUUCUUUACGAGAUCACCUAGAAGAAUUGGUGCAAGACGGCCGUCUUACGCAAUACGUCCGAAAGACUAAUUCCACAAAUACAGUAGCUUUACGGCCGGAGUCACCCCUUCUUGGUGUAAUCCAUAUGAUAUACAGCUUGCCGGCACCACCUGAGGUGCACACAAUCCAGUUGCCGUCUAGCACACAUAGCUCGAUGACGCUAGCGAAACGGCCACACGACACUGGAAGGAUUAGUUUCAAUGACAGUGAUUUAGUUAGAGUGACCCACCCCUACACUGAUCCGCUCGUCAUCGAGCUACGUGUAAACAGAUUCACCAUCGAGCGUGUCCUCAUUUACCGAGGCAGCACUUCGGAGAUAAUGUAUUACAAAACUUUUUUCAAACUUGGUUUUACCGAUUCAGACCUAUCUCCAGCUGAUUAUCCGUUAUUCGGCUUCAAUGCUAACCGGGAGUACUCUUUGGGCAAGAUCACACUACCUGUACGGGUCGGAACCAGAUCACUAGACGUAGAGUUUCUGGUUGUUAAGCUCCAUUGGACAUAUAAUCUAAUCAUGGAUAGAGCUUGGUUACAUACGAUGCAAGCCGUGCCAAGAACCUACCACCAAUUGCUCCGUUUUCCGACUGAGUAUGGUAUUGAACAAAUUCGCAGCUCUCAGAAGUCGGCGUAG